CAGGUGUGUCCACAGCUCUGCUCCUCCCAUAUAGUAGCAGCAUUUUAGAGUAUGUGUUUGACUCGCUCUGCUGUUAGUUUCUGUGUCAGCGGGUGUGUGAGGGUGUUUUUCAGCAGGCUAUGCAGAGUGUUCUACAAACCACAAGUGUUUCCUGCACAGGGGGAGAGAGAGCAUGCUGAGAGAGCAUGGGGAGGACCAGCAUGUGCAGGAUGAAAAUCAAGAAGCACAAGCUGUUUCUAUUCUUUUCAGUUGGGCUUUGUGUGGUCUCUUUCCUCUACUGCUAUAAAACCCUCCACCAGGAGUUUCUUCUGCGGGACCUGUCCCACCACAAGUCGAGUCUGAAGUCCCUGGUCAUCUUAAGUGGGUUCCUUUGGGGAGAUCCGCUCUCCAACAACAGUUUUCUUUUUAACACUAACAACCGCAAAGAUGUAGAAAAGGCAAUGAGGCAAAAGAACUAUGAUGAAAAGAAACAGCCAGUGGCAGAUUUUGUAAUGCCUGAUCCUACUGGUCCACAUGGGGAACUUCACAAACGAACGUUCAGUUUACAGGACGAUCACACCCCACAUUUCAUCCACACAGAGAUGGGAGCUCUGUGCUUCCGUGAUGGGACAGACAUGGCUUCAAGUAAAGGCAAACCAAGCUACACCAAGGACAAUGAAGAUCAAAAGUUAAAACACAAGAAAAAUAGCACAGUUGUAGAACACACGCUCAAGCCGGGUAGGAAUGUUUCAGAGUGUGUUUGCCGCCAAGGUUGGCAUGGCCCUAAUUGUGGGGUACCCACCGUGAUCCAACACUCAAACCUUCAUACCAAGUCACACCUAAAGCUCAGGAAGGUUCCACGUAGAAUCAUCAAUGCUAUCAACAUCAAUCAUGAAUUUGACCUGCUGCAUGUCCGGUUCCAUGAACUCGCGGAUGCUGUGGAUCUCUUCCUGGUGUGUGAGUCAAACUUUACUGCCUAUGGAGACUCCAAACCACUCACAUUUCUGCAGCUUCUCCUUAAUGGAACCUUCGACUACAUCAAGCACAAAAUUCUCUAUAUCUUCCUUGACCAUUUCCCUAAGGGUGGACGAGCCAAUGGCUGGAUAGUGGAUGACUAUCUGCGCACUUUCUUGACAAAAAACGGACUGUCAAGGAUUCAGGGUCUGAGGCCGGACGAUGUGUUUGUUCUGAAUGAUGCGGAUGAGAUUCCUGUAAAAGAGGGGAUUCUGUUCCUCAAGCUCUACGAUGGCUGGACGGAACCAUUUGGGAUUCACAUGCGGAAGUCCUUGUAUGGAUUUUACUGGAGACAAAUGGGCACACUAGAUGUGAUAUCAGGAUGCACCAUGGCCAUGCUCGUUUCGGUCUACAAGGGGGAUGGGAUUCUGUUGAGACGGAGGGAAUAUUUUUCCAUGCCAGGAUUCAGGCAAUACGAGAAAACCUCAGGACACGUGCUAAUACCGUGGUCCAUCGGAAGCCCGGUUCACUAUGGUGGAUGGCACUGUUCGUGGUGUUUCAAACCAGAAGGAAUUUAUUACAAACUGGUUUCAGCGCAAAAUGGUGACUUCCCUCGCUGGGGAGACUUUGUGGAGAAGCGAAAACUCAGCUACAUCCGGGAGCUAAUACGAACUGGUGGCUGGUUUGAUGGCUCGACACCACACUACCCUCCAACAAACCCCAGUGAGCACAUGUUUGCUCCCAAGUAUUUGCUGGACAAUUAUGAAAAGUAUGACUACUUGCUGGAGAAUCCAUAUGCAAAAGGGUGAAGAUGAAAGACAGAAACAGAUUUCUGUAUGUAACAUCAUCUUCUGACCAGUAGGGGGGUGAAAGCAAGAACUGGCCUUGAAAAUGGUAACAUGACUAACACAGAGAGAAUGCUAGAAAAAAGUUAUUAUGCUCCAGCAGUUAGAGGAAAUGUCCCCUCCUACUAGUUUCAUUGGUGAGCUGCACUCUGGAAAAGUGACUGAACACUGUAGUGUCACUUUAGCAACCUUAUGAAAAUAUGAAUGUGCUAUGGAAGUUGGACAGAGAUUUCUACCUUCAAAUAUCUGUAGCACAGUUGGGGCACACAAUAUUUAUAAGGGGGAACUACUGUGGAAAUUUCACAUUGAAAGCUAGGAGUAGUUGCUCUCGCUAGCUUUUACAAAGUUCUAAUGUGUGCCUAUAAUCGUAAACAGAUCAGUAAUGAUCACAACAACAGCUAUAGUUGUAACAAGCCACUGUAUGAGUUUACAACAGUUUUCCAAUAUUGUGCACUAUCAGGAAUUUCAGAAUAACCUAUGGUGCCACUAAGAAGAAAAGAUUGAUGUUUAAGUACAUGCUAAAAUUCAAAAUUCAAAAAAACAGCAAUCAGUGCAGUCAAAUAUUAAUUUGUUUACUUUUAAGGACUGUGCAAAUUAAUGAUAAUAUAAAAAACAGUGUAAUUCAGUAUACACUAUAUGUCCAAAAGUUUGUGGACGAACCUUCUUAUUAGUGAAUUCAGCUGCAUUAAGGUCACUCACUGCUGACACAGGAGUUCAAAUGCACACACAGCUUGAAUAGUUUCCAUAGAAAAGUGGUUACAAUAGAACAGGAAGCCCUUCAGUAGCUACACAUGAGUCUAAUAUCACCAUAUACAAGGCCAAGUGUGGGCUGGACGGGUAUGAAGCCCCCCAGCCUUGAGCUGUGGGGUAGUAGAACUGUGUUCUCUAGAGUAAUACAGACCGAGUGGAGUUUAAGAUCCAGAACUGAUCAUGCAACACCAAUAUUUGAUUUCACUAGUGCUCCUGCAGCUGAAUGCAAUCAAAUCCUGACAGUAAUGUUCAAACAUUUAAUGUAAAGCUUUUCCAGAGGAGUAAAGACUUAGUUACUGCAGCUGUAAUGUGUCAGAAAGAUUCAGAAGCUCAUGGUUAAAAGCAGAAAAAGAGGCUUUGCUGAUAGAAUCGAAAUCCAGGUUUGUGGUCAAAAAUCAAGCAUGGAUCAAAUCCAGAAAAGACAACCAGUAACAAUACAAACAUAACAAAAGGCAAACAAUCCAAAAGGGUCAGGCAAAAAGAGUCGAACACACAGGAAAAAUGGUCAUAAACAGGGAUAUCACGCACAGUAAAACAUUAAGGUAGAUGCAAUAAUUCACAACUAGACUGCACAACUGCUAAAGCCUGGGCUUAUAAACUAAACUACUAUGAUCAUAUGACCCUCAAGACAGGUGAACAGAAUUAGUACUCCAGUGAAUGAGAGCACUGACUGGAACGUGAGGGAAGGUCGGGCAUCUCCGAGCCAGAGGGAAGCGUGACAGCAGCAGAGGGGGGACAAGCUCCGUUUUGGAAGAAACAGUGGACCAGGUGUCCACAAACUUUUGGCCACAUUGCGUAUACACUGUAUUAAAGGACCAUCAUAUUAAAUGAAAUUCUGACAUUUUGAAUGAAGUCCAAAUAUAUCUGAUGAAAGCCUGAGAAGAUUGAAUGAGAAUUGAAUGUAUAAAGCACAAACCAGCAUCAAAAGUCAGAGACCAACUUUUUAUUUAUUUCAUUUGACUUAUUUAUUAUUCAUUGUCAGAAAAAACACCUGAAAAGUUUACUGUUAUACUGAUAUGUAUUCAGCAGAGCAAUACAGGGUGAGUCAAAAGUCAAAGGACACCGUUUCAUCUUAUUUUAUUUUUUAUUUUAUUAUCAACUUUUAUCUCUGGGGUCACCUCAAACAAAUUGUGUAUGCUGAGAAAAUCCGCAAGAAACACCACCUUCAGCUCCGCGUCGUGGAGCUUGUGACAGCAUGAAAAAUAAAAUAAAAUGAUGUCCUGUGACUUUUGACUCACCCUGUGCAUAUGAGCCUGAACAAUUUAAUAUGACAGAAUCAGUAUGUAAUGUGUUCAUGCUUUUACUUUAUUAUAGCUUCCACUGUUUUUCAGGAGAUUUUCAGUUUUUCAAAGAAAUCAAUUUGUUUUUUACAAAGUUCAGUCUUGGACGUUAGUUGUAUAUCCUGGUUCUUCAAUCCAAAUAAACCCAGUUACAGAUUUGGACGCAACAGUACAUAAAACUUUACUUCUCGUGCCCAAUUUUGCUGCUGCAAAGCAAUUUUUCCUAUUUCCUUUUCUCAGUAACAGCUUUUUGACAGCUACACAUCCUUUCAGACUCAGAGUGUUAAGCUGUCUUCUUAUUCAAAUGCCUGUUUAUUUUUUCAGACCUGACACAGAGAGGAGUCGGGUUGUUUUGAAUAGUUGUUUGUGUGAAUAUUAGUGUCUGUUUGAAGGAGAACAGAACAUCAGUGUCUCCUUUGGGAACAGCUUUUGUUGUAACUACCGUAACUGGUGGGUUUUGAGGCUGGAAGGAUAGAAGAGUUAAAAUUUCACUAAGGAACACAAACAUAAAUAAAGGACAAAUGAAAUACUGAUAGAUUUCAUAUUUUACUUAAUAUAGAAUUUUUUUGUGUAAUUUCUCCUACAUUCAUGUUUCCUGCUUUUCAAUACUUAAAAAAAAUCCUGACCAUUUUGAUCUCUGGCUUUUGAUAAAAAAGGAACAUAGAACUAGUAACAGCUCUGGAGAAUUAAUGCGCACCUGUACCUACUUUUUACUAGUCACCUGCACUUGGUUUCUCUGCUGAGAGAAACUCUUUUUCUUCAUUGACAGCGCUUCUCGCUGUGAACACUGCUAUACUGACAGUACACUGUCAUCACUACUCUGGCAUUGCUAAAACAUCAGGAACUCUCAGGGAUUUUAUAGGGUUUAUAUACAAAUCCAGGUCCAAAACAGACAGCAGGAGAAAGGUUUGUUGAGUAAAUUCAGUUGAAAAGAUUGUAUUUUAAAUAUGUGCUUAUUGUAAAUAAAAUAAAUACAAGUAAAUAAAAUUAGAAAAGAGGCAUUUUUAUCAUUAGGACCAGGACUAGAAUCAAAUUUUUAGGUGAUUUUUUUUUUAAACAAAAUCACAAAUCAUUAGUCCUUUUUUAACCAUCCAUAACUGAUAUGUACCAUUUCCUUUCGUUUCAUUAUCUUAUAAACACAGAUUAAUAAAUAUUAUUUUCCCAUUUGUUUUAUUUUUAAUAAAUUUAGCAACAACAUUAGAUCUUAUGAACAACCAAGAAGAAAACCUUUCUGGAACUAAUGAGAUCCACAACUAGCAGUGAGGCAGUGUCCUCAUACAUCACUUUUCCUUUUAUCAACAUCCAGAAAUCAACUGGGAACUGAUGACCGCAAUUGUUGUAGGUACACAGUGUGUGCACUUUAACUUUUUCAUUUCAUAGGAUUUAUUUUCUUUCUUAUGUUAUUUUACAGGUGAUUUGCCAGCUAUUCUGCAGUACUAGCCAAAUUAUUAGCUGGCUGCCAUGCAUUAGCAACCAGCUUAUUACCUAGCUGCCCCAUUGUUAAUAAUCAUGAUAUUAGCCUUAUGCUUUGAGAUGGUGGUUGGUUAGUGUAGUGGUUAACACCUUUGCCUUCUAUGCUGUAGACUGGGGUUCAAUCCCCGACCAGGGUAACCACCCUACACUAUACCAAUAAGAGUCCUUGGGCAAGACUCCUAACACCACCUUGGCCUCCCUGUGUAAAUUGAUCAAAUUGUAAGUCGCUCUGGAUAAGAGCGUCAGCCAAAUGCCAUAAAUGUAUAUAUUAGCUGGGUGAUUUACUAGCAGACGUGUGAUAAUGGCCAAGUUAUUACUGUGCUUCCAUGUAUUAAUAACCAGGUUACUAGCAAGCAGAUCUGCGUUAUUAACUGCUUGUUAGCUCUUAUGGACUUAUAACCAGGCUAUUGAUGGACUGAAUGGCGACAAAUUUCUCUAAUUUAACCAGGUGUGUAGUGAGUCAGGAGGUGACUUCCUCUCCACCCUCUGCCACACAAAGGCUUCUGCAGUGUAAGCCAACACCUGAGCCCUUCUCACGGGGAGGGGGCAGAAACAGGAGCUGGGGCUUUUACUCGUUUUGGCCCCUUUUGGAAAAUGUCACUAGGACAGCCAUCAUGAGACCAACAUGCCCAAAGUGAUGCAGUCAGUCUGGGCGACAGUACACAUGAAAGAGGACACACGAAAAUGAGGCACAAUUGUAUUCGAGGGUGUGUGAUUGUUAAAAGCCAACAUUGACUUUAAAGGAAUGAUUAACAAAACAAUAAAUGAGUUUACACAAGUAAUUACAAUAAGCCAAACGGAGUCCAGGAACAGCCUUAUAAACACACUGAGCAAGUUUCACUAGAACUUAUUAUGUAGAUUAUGCCCUGGGAACAGACACAACUACACAGCUUGUGACAUACACUCUUAAAAACAGAAGUUCUAAAUGGUUCCUGGCUUGGACAUAAAGCUCUGGCGAAUACCUGCACUUUAUUUAGAUCUUUUACAGUAUGUGGAGACUCUUUAAACUUCAAAAAGUUAUGUAAAUUCAUGCAGCUUGGUUUCUUGAAAGAUCAAUUCAUUGGAAGGUUGUUAAGGGAGCCAAUAGUGUUUCUUCAAUGACACGUCAGCAAAUGUUUUUCAGCACCUUUAUUUUUCAGAAUGUUAGAGAUAUUCUGCAUUUUUCUCUUGAGUGACUCCCAGAUGUACAUAAUCCUCUUAAUAAGUCCAUAUACUGAUAAAUGUAUACUAAAGACAAUGUAAUGUACAGUGUAAUGUACAUUUUCUGUGGUCUGUUACUACUCACUGAAUCACAGUUUUUAACUUGGGAACUGUAACUUACUGUAACCUCCUGAUUUCAGUCAUUCUGACUCACGUGUAACAACGUCACAUACGCUGUUCGUGUCUGAUUCCAAUUUAUGACAAUACUGGAUGUAAUUUACAGAGCACUGUGAAUCAUGUAUAUACUGUGAUAAAAGCACAGAAGAAGAAUGUAUAUUUGAUUGUAACUAUCCAAAGAGUUUGUAUAUAUUUACUGAGUCAUUUAGAAAUAAGGGUCCAUAUUCACAGAUUUUCCAUAGACAACGUGUUCUCUCCACUUUUCUGUUUAUUUUGCAUGGUCACAUUGCUCUUAAAAUAAUCUGUUUGCAUAAAAAGAAAUAAAUGCUGGAAAUAUA